AUGGCCAACACGCUGUGGCCGUGCGCCGUGUUACGCAUGGCGAAGGCUCCUUCCUCCACUUUGCCACCGCCGACUUUCAUAGGACUUGGGCGCCAAGAGCUGGCCAACAGCGCUCGGGCGUCAACGUGGCCGCUGGCUUCAGAUGGCCCGCUAUCGCAGCGAUCAUCGCAGGCGGUGCUGAAGCAGAGCUUCUCGGCGCAGGAGCUGUCCAGCGCAGUCUGGGCCUUCGCCACUUCGCAGCUCGCAGGCUUCCGCUUUUGGCAGUCCACCAGUUGCUCCCUGCGCGCCGCAGGGAGCCUUGGGCCGCAGAGCUCCUCCAACGCUCUGCGGGCCUUGGCCACGACGCAGCGGCGCGAUUUUGCGCCGGCGGAAGCCUCGAGCCAGCGGGUGGAGGCCCAGCUGUGCCAGUUCGCGCCGCAGGCUCCGGCCAACGGCGCUCGAGGUUUGGGGCAGAUGGACAUGGAAGAGGCGCCCCCGCUGUCGGCUACCGGCGAGGCGAGUUUGGUGCAGCUGGCGGAGCUCAAGGCCCCGGAGCCGGCCACCACCGCCUGGGGUUUCUCCCGUUUCACCGCCACCUACCUGCGCCUCAUCACGGCCCUCUCGGCGGAGGCGGAGCUGCGGAUGCUGCAGGGCGCCAUGGACGAAGCUUCCGCCGCGAUGCUGUUGGAAGCGCUGGCGGUCCUUCCCUCCCUGGAUCGCGCAUGGGAGCUCUUGGAGACUUUGCAGUGCACAGAUCAGCUGGGACCAGGUCUUGUGCCAGGGCUUGGUCCUCUCUUCUGCCGUGCCGAGAUGGAUUCCAUGGAGGUGGACCGCUUGCUGCAGCUGAUGGCUGCUUCAUCCCAGGACCUCGCGGGCCCGGCGCGCCUCGCCGCCGCCCUCCACCUACUUGGCCGAGGCCACGUCUCCGCGGCGCGGCGCGGCUGGCCAUCGAAGGGCCUCAACGCGGGGGCGCGCGGCUGGAGCUUCGAGCAGCUGUUGCAGCUGCUGAAAAAAAAGGGCGCAGAGGCUUACCCAGAGAGCCCUCCUCUGGUCGUAGACAGCCUUGCCAUCAACCCCGCCUUCAACCCCGCCUUCAACUCCUUUGGCAUGCAACCGGGGACGUCCCGAGAAGAAUAA